UUUUGAUAUGUUCCAACUUAUAAUUUCAUUUCAGUACAAAAUAAAUCUUAUAUCAUUAACAACUAGARAAGAAAAAGUUUGAAAUAAUAUUUUAUAUCUAAAAUUAAAUUAAAUAUUUUGUUUACAAAUUUCAAUGUCACAAUUAGGGAGAGUAAAACAAUGGAACACAUUUGCUCGCUGUUGGCAUCUGUUUGACGCAGCUUGGCAAAAUCCUUUGGAAUGUGCUCCAACAAUUGAAAAAUAUUUAAAAGGGCUCAUUAAACCAAUUUAUCAUCCUUUAGUUGAUUGUGGCGAUCACGUUGUAGUUAUAAACAGUAAACAAAUUGCAUUUCCUGGCGAGGAAUGGCGUCGACGUGUGUAUUUCCAUCAUACAGGAUAUUCAGGUGGAGCAACGUGGACUCCAGCUUGGGAAUUACAUGAUAGAGAUCCAACUAUGAUAUUCAGAAAAGCUGUUUAUCAUCAUAUGAAAGGAAACUUAUUCAGGAGAGUAGUUAUGGAACGUUUACACAUUUACUCAGACUCUAACGUACCAGAAGAAGUUAUGGAGAAUAUUACCAACCAAAUCCCACCAUUAAGAUCUAUACCUAAAACACUGGGUUCUUAUAGUAAAGAAGAAAUUGAAAAAUACCCAAAGAUUAUAGAUUAUCCUGAAGAUUUUAUUUUAACAAAAAAUUAAAUCUAUAUAUUACUUUUGUAAUAUUAUUUUAA